UACCGAACGAGACGCUCCUUUUGUCGGAUCCCUCUCGACCUCACUCCCCGGGGUUUACGAUAGAAAGAUAUCCGCCUUUAAUGCGCCCAGCUGCUCGAGACGCGCAUUCCGGUCCGCGGUAACAACGUCGAGCCGUACCGAGACGAGAGAGGACAGUGGGGAGUGAUCUGUCCACAGCCUCUGCACUAUGAAUGGCAGCAGCAGCAUCUGCUCUGUGUCACAGAGUGCACGGAUCAAGAAUGAACCAGAUGAGUGGAGUAAGGAGGACUGUCUCACUCUGUUGGAGAGGAUUCGGAGUCUGCUGCCUGACGGAGAUGCCAUGAAGUACAAAACCACCGAGUCUCACUUUGACUGGGAUAAGGUCUGCUUUGGCAGCUUCACCAGCGCCAUGUGUAAGCAGAAAUGGCAGAAGGUCUCCUCUGAGGUGCGUAAAUACAGAACGAUGACAGAACUGAUUGUGGAUGCGAUGGAGUUUGUAAAGAAUCCGUACAAAGGCAAAAAACUGAAGACUCAUCCAGACUUCCCGAAGAAACCGCUGACUCCUUAUUUCCGCUUCUUCAUGGAAAAAAGAGCCAAGUAUGCCAAGAUCCACCCUGAGAUGAGCAACCUGGACCUCACCAAGAUCCUCUCCAAGAAGUACAAGGAGCUUCCAGAAAAGAAGAAGCAAAAAUACAUCACUGAGUUUCAGCGGGAGAAGGAGUCCUUUGAGAAGAACAUGGCUCGCUUCAAAGAGGAACAUCCAGAGCUGAUGGAGGAGAGGAAAAAGUCGGACCUACCUGAGAAACCCAAGACACCCCAGCAGCUUUGGUACAACCAUGAGAAGAAGACCUACAUGAAACUCCACCCAGAAGUGAGUCAGAAGGAGUUGAAGGAGGCUUUGAGGAGGCAGUGGUCUCAGCUCUCUGACAAGAGGAGGUUGAAAUGGAUCAGCAAAGCCCUGGAGCUCCAGAAAGACUACGAGGAUAGCAUGAGGGCUUACCAUGAGGCCCAUCCUGAUGUGAACUCUGAUGAACACGUCAAAUCCGUCCUCACCAAAGCAGAAAGACAACUGAAGGACAAGUUUGAUGGCCGGCCUACAAAACCACCACCGAACAGUUACUCUCUGUACUGCGCUGAGCUGAUGGUCAACAUGAAGGACGUUCCCAGCACCGAGCGUAUGGUCCUGUGUAGCAAGCAGUGGAAGGUGAUGACCCAGAAGGAGAAAGACAUGUUCCAGAAACGCUGUGAGCAGAAAAAGAAGCAGUAUGACAUCGACUUGCAGAGAUUUCUUGAGAGCCUCCCGGAGGAAGAGAGAGACCGGGUUCUCACAGAGGAAAAACUGGGUGGGACCAAGCUGGGGAUGGGCGUGGCCGGGAGCCCUCACGGUGCCAAGUCUCCUUCUGCCAAGGAAUGCUGUCGGGAGGCGGAGCCUGAGCCCUGGCUCUCCGCUGCAGUCCCGAAGGACCGCCGUGAUGCGAAGAAGAAGGCCAAGCUUCCUGAGACACCCAAGACGGCAGAGGAAAUGUGGCAGCAGAGUGUCAUCGGAGACUACAUGGCCAAGUACAGGAGUGAUCGCAGAAAGGCUCAGAGUGCGAUGGGAGGAGCGUGGAAAGCCAUGGAGAAGAAGGAGAAGAUAGCGUGGAUAAAGAAGGCGGCUGAGGACCAGAAACGAUACGAGAGGGAGCUGUUGGAGAUGAGGACCCCUCAGCCGGGUCAAGGCCAGAGGAAACCCAAGUUCGAUGGAGAGCCCAAGAAACCUCCAGUGAGUGGCUAUCAGAUGUUCUCCCAGGAGCUGCUGACCAAUGGCGAGUUGAACCACUUCAUUCUGAAGGAGCGCAUGGUGGAGAUUGGGAAGCGCUGGCACAAGCUGAGUCAAAGCCAGAAAGACAAAUAUAAGAAAGUGGUGGUGAAGCAGCAGGUGGAGUACAAGGCCGAGCUGGAGGCCUGGCUGAAGUCUCUGUCUCCUCAGGACCGGGCGGUAUAUAAAGAGUUCUCCUCCACGAAACGACGGAGUACCACCAAAGUUCGCGGUCCUGGGACCAAAGUUCGGGUGACGGCAAAGGGGAAGGCAGCAAGUUCCAGAGCCGCGACACCAGGCAUAACUGUGGGCAAGAGAGCCAUGGCGUACCGAGCCAAGGACACAUCAGAGUCGGAGGACGAAGAGGAGAAGAGUAACACUUCAGACUCUGAGGAAGAAGAGGAAACGUCAGGAACCACUGACAGUGAUGAAGAUGACGAUGAGAAUGAUGAUGAUGAUGAUGAAGAUGACGACGAUGAGCAAUCAGGUGACAGCUCGUCCUCAGAAGACACCAGUGACUCAGAUUCUGACUAGCCCCACCUCCAGGAGAGGAGAGGCUGUGCGGGCCACGCCUCCUCAUAAGCCAUUCAUUCAGGCGGACCAAUAGGUGGUGAAAUCACAUGACUGUCACCUUGGCCCCUCCCACCUCUUUCUGACCAGGACAGGCAGAAAGAGAGCGAGCGAGUGAGUGAGGUUGAUACAGACAGAGAGAGAGAGAGAGAGAGAGAGAGAGAGAGAGAGAGGUUGAUGCCUCUAUAAGAUGGAACAAAUUCUCCAUCUUCUAGAGGUUUUGUUACUUGUGUUUCAAACACUUUUUUUUAAAGACCUUUAUUCAGGUGUUACUAUGAACCUGUCGCCAGUUUUUUUUUUUUUUUUUAUCUUUCAGAAGGAAAUUUAAACUAAAAAGUGAGAUGAGGUUUUUUAGAGUUUUUUGAUGAGGUGGGGUUUGUACAGUUUGGCGGGGGCCGGAGCCUGUUGAGGCACUAGCUGCUGAUUGGUUGUCCUUUGACGGGCUGCUUGCCCUGCAGUCCAUAUUUUAUCAAUUAAAUGCACUUUUUCUCAUCUGCUCUUGUCUUAUUUAAUGUUUUCUG